AUACUUUUUUAUUUAACAAAUACAAUAAAUUAUAAAAAUCUCUACCUCAUAGAACUUAAGAUUUUUGUUGAGGUAUGUAGUAAAUACAUAGUCAGUUACCAGUGCUCUAUAACCAACACCUUAAAAAAGCCGUAACUGUAUCUUCAGCGGCAAUGGUCUAAAGACAAAACCUUAACAAAACCGUAACUGUAUCUUCUGCACGGAGUACGAGUUUCUUGAGUAAACAUUUUCUUUCGGAUUUUUUUCUGUACCUUCAUUUGAUAUGACGGUGACAACGCGAAAGCAUGAAUCGCGCGUGUGAUGGAGUGCCCUGCUCAGCUCUCACGUAUAAAUAAGCUUCGCAACGCUUUCAAAAGCAUACACUUGUCUGGUGUACAGCAAACAUCAAGGUAGUCCAACAUGAACUUCUUCACUGUGUCGGCCAUCGCCCUGGUUGCCAUCAUUGGCUCCAUCCAGGCUGAGCAUUCGCCGCUUCCGCACUACUUCGUUCGGAAGAGCUUCCCGGAGGCUCAGGCUGAGUGCGCCGUCUACCUGCAGGUGCCGGACGAUCGCCUGCAGCGCUACAUGCGUGAAGGAUACCCGGAUGAGCCAGAGGUCCACUGUCUGGUGCUGUGCGUCCUGGAGAACCUGCGCGCAUGGGAGAACGGUACGCUCCACGAGAACGUGCUUGCUAACUACUUCGUCCCGGCCACGGAGGACUGCGACAAUGCCAAGCGUACUGAGCGUUGUCUGGUGUACCUGCCGCAGGAGUGCAACGGUGAGCCGUGCGUGCAAGCCUACCGUGCCUUCCAGUGCUACUACCAGAACUAUGGAACGCUCACCACCUGCCCCGAGUACGUCCCGAGCUACUACGGUGAGGAUCUGCAGCUGGCCUACGACCUGUUCGACAUGCUGGAUGUGUCGGAGGACACCCGCCGCAAGCUGGCUGGAGGAUGCUUCCCAAGCGGACCUGAGUCGCAGUGCUUCUUCUUCGCGUACGUGACUCGCUUCGGUGCCUGGUCCAAGGAUGCUCCGCUCCUGCACAACCUGUACACUCAGUCCCAGGAGGAUGCCUUCAAGAAGGACAACACCGACACUCAGGUCUGCCUCACCAACCUGAACAAGCUGGCCUGUCACAAGACCCGGUGCGAGCACGCCACUGACGUUUUCAGCCAGUGCUUCGGCAACACUGAUCUGUACAAGCACUUCCUGGCUGUGUUCAAGGAUGCUGCCAUGACCUACACCAGGCAGUGAAAAACAGGUCGAUUCAACGACUUGUUGCAUCGGACAAAAGAAUCAAUAAAUUGCUUAAAAUAGAAUGAAUUGAAAAACAAGCAUGUUUUUAUUA